AAGAACGCAACGGCACUCAUACGAUGAGCAGACACGGGAUAUCAUUCAUCUGAAAAGUUUUAAUCUGUUGAGUCGUCAUGGCGUGGUACAAAUUUGUCAAUUAUUUGGACAAUGAGAGCUGUUGUAUGCCUGAAGGUAUUUUAAUCUUAUAGGUCGUUUAACCCAGCCAGAAAAAGAGCAGAAGACAAAAUAUGACUGGAAACGCUGAAGGGCCACGUGCACGGAACUGAUUUGUUGUAGACUCGUGAGUCGUGUAUACAGCGGAGACUAAAAACAGGGAUCCGAAACGAGUCGCGGUGACUCUCUUUUUGUACCAAAAAAUUGGCAACUUUGAUGAAUUUGUGAACUUUACCGUCAUGACGAACAAGAAUGAAACCUGAUAUGUUUCUAGUCAGUGGUUGAAGUGUGAACAAUGGGAGAACUUCCAAAGCAACAGGAACUGUUCCGAGUUCAAAGUUUCCGCUGGAUGGUUUUCAUCGUCAGCGUGUUUUGUGUGAAUGCACCGCCGUCAGCGCUGGCACGGUUCGAGCCGCCCUGCUUGGGUGACGAUUUCACGUGGACGACCCACAGUGGCAAGACACAAGAGUGCAAGUUCUUGAAAGUGGAAGCAGUAACAAGUCGAGGCGGAGAAUACUGUUCCAACCCCCUGCAGCCACUGUCUGUCGAGAAUGAGUCACAGCACCCUCCCGCUGCCAAGAAUGUCCAGGCGAGCUACUUCACGGCACAGUAUGUGUCCGAGGAACCUGCAAAUGAUAGGUUCGACGGGUCGAUUUGGAGUGGUCUGAACAUCACAUUUCAACUAGGCCUGGAAGCUGCCGGGAAAGUCACAGGUGUUUUACUCUCAAUGAUAAGUGUAAGCCCUGAUUCAAGUGUCAGCGUGUCUGACAAAUCGUACGACAAAUUGUACUGCCGAGUUUACAACUUUGUCCAUCCACUCAGCAUGGAUGCUCUGCUAGAUCAACAAGGCAAACCAUUGCAGCUGUACUUUGAUUGUUAUCGCGGCCAGAAACCAGGCAUGGAGUACGAGUACACAGUGAGAACUCUGCCAGUCUUAGACACAUCUGGGACAGAUCCUAACGACACCGCAGUCACAUUUCGCUACAGAUUUCCUUCAUGCUUCACGAUUCCUGAUGACUACUUGUGCCGAGAAUCUGUUACAAAUCGGCGGCCUCCACAAAUUGCCCUGUGUUCCUAUUGGAAACCUCAGUACUUCAUUGUGACGGCCAACUACAGUGCCCUUACCAUCUUUAUGGAGCUAGGGCCCGAGGAGUGUGGCUUUGAUUCAUUUAGGUUUGCAGCACACACGCCAACAAGUGACUUGGGUAGCAUCGUCCCAUGGGACAAUGGAUUCACCCAAGUUGAUGUGGCUAAUACCUCCCACUUUGAGAUCUUUGCCUACGGCAGGAACAUCACCUACAUCAAGGUGGGCCUCAAAGAUGUCAGUGCUGGCAGACGAGUAGUAAUGGUUGCCCCUUGGCCGAGUCAGAACACCUGCUUCAGAAACGAUGGAACAGACAAGCCCUGCAGAGUCACUCAGUCUGCUGUUUUAACUGUAAUUGAGAAUCCCUGUCUUAGUGGCCCCUGUAGUUCCUUUGAGGAUUGCAAGCCUAACGGAGAGGACUUCAUAUGUCAAUGCAAAGCAGGCUACAUAAGGGAUCAUCCUUUGUGUAUUGAGAACCCAUGCGAGGUCUUGACAGACGUGAAUGGGACACUCACAACCUACAACCCAUGCGGUUCAGGUAGCUGCACCAUAAGCAGCAAUAAGAGAAGCUAUACCUGCAGCUGUCACGAGGAAUUGGCAUUUGUAGAUGGAACAUGUCGAGUCCACCCCUGCGUGUCCAACCCCUGUGGUCACCAUGGCUCCUGCAAACAUUCUGACCAAUCACGGCAGAGCAGUGUCACCUCCGUGCCUUUCUCCUGCAACUGUGAAUUCGGUUACCACUACGACAACGCAAACCAAUCUUGCCAAGUAUCUGUUGGGACAUUGGUAGCAGUGAUCCUGACAAGUCUCUUCUCAGCUGCUCUUCUGCUGCUUCUGCUUCUCGCUUGGAGACGGAAAAGGAGUCCUCGGAAUUUACUUCUCAAAGCCAUGCCGUGUCUCAGAAAUGAUGGGAGUCCCAAUGAGUGUUUUGUAGAUCAGUCAUCCUCACGGACACCAAUCAUGGAUAGCGCGCAGUCUCCCGGUGUUUAUCAGCAAGUGCCCGAGAGAACGGAGAUCAUCAAACCAUUGAAACGAGUCAAGACGGUCCUGUUCAGCUCAGAGGAUCAUCCGCUCCAUGAUGAAACAGUCCAACAACUUGCCGUCUUCCUCCAAGAAAACUGCAUGUGUGACGUCAUACUGCCGAAGCGAUGCACCCGGGACAUCGCAAGGAGAGGGGUGAAUGAAUGGAUAACUUCCAUUCUGGACUGGGCUGAUAAGAUCAUCUUGCUGUGCUCCAAGGGAUCGACAGAAGCCUGGCGCGCCCAUUCCAGCAUCAGCCCCGCUCCUGCCGACAUAUUCACGCGUGCUGUGUCCUUUCUCCUAAAAGACAACACGUCCGUUGGUCUCCCCGACAACUGCUGCGUGGCGUACCUGGACUACUCCUCCAAGAGUGAUAUUCCGCCGCCGUUGGCCGUCGGCGCGGUCUACCGCCUGAUGAAACACAUGGAUGCGCUGUUCUUCAGACUCCACGACAUGAAGCAAGGCGCGCCAGAGUGGAAGCUACGGGCCAGCGAUCUGGAAGAGGAUAACUACGCCAAAGUGAGCCCAGAGGGUGCUGGUCUCUACCGCGCAAUCCAACAGAUGGGGGAGUUCCAAGCAGCUGAGCCCGAUUGGUACGAGAGAUUCCACAGUGUUCCAUCAUACAAGGGUGUGGAGUCACAAACCGACCUUGGAGAUGACUCGGAAGUGGACGAAACAGAGUACAACAGCGCCUUGCAGCAGUUUUUGAGCACAACGGUGGUGUGAGGCGGUUGCUGUUUUUGUUAACUCCAUUCAGGAACUUUAGAUGGUGCUGAAGAACACUGGUUUUCAAUUUUUAACUGAAUGCACACAAAGUUGUAGUGUCUCAGCAUGAGAGUACAGCAGCAGUGGCAGUCCCAGUGCCCUUAUAAAACUGUGAUUUCUGGAUUUUCUGCCAACAAGGUAUGGAUCUCUCUCAAUAGAUCUCUCUCAUAGGAUGUCAUCUUCGUAGGAAAAUUAUAACCGCGUAUUUAUCGCCAUUAGGUACGUGUGUGCACAGUUUGCAAAAUGUUCUAAACAGUGUUGCUCGAAAUUUCUUUGAAAUAUGGUGCAGCCGAUGCGCGUCACGACAAUUUGACGCAUAAAAUGCCGAUGCUCGUGGCAAUCUGUAGGAAGUGACGUCAUUUGAGAGAGACCUAUAGACAGCUGAAACAAUCUAGUGAGGCAUUCCCGAAUGACUUGACUACGGAUUUACAUUACACACGAGUCUAUGUAACGGCUGUAGCCCCUUCUCAUACACUCGUGUGUAAUUUUUAGCCGUAGCCUUAGUUAAUUAAUUCACAUACAGCCUCAGGUAAGGAAGUCUUUAAUUCUGGAAUGGGAGACAGCAAUGAAAUUCAUACAGAAUCUUCAUCAACAGGGUUCAUGAACAGAAUUGCUUUAUUCAACAUAUCAUUUGUGCUCCAUACUGUGAAUUAAAAUUAAGAUUUCCCAAUGCCGACUUAUAUGUAAUUCACAUAACUAAAAUAUAUCCAACUUAUAAAUAUAAUUAAAUAGUACAAGUGUUAAAUGUUAUUAUUUAUAUCAGGCUUCCAGUGGUAAAACUAAAUCGGGGUAUUGUAUGCUUAUGAAUAGUUUAUACGCACGCACAAUAUACAUGUCUUCUUAGAAAAGUUCAAAUUCACCAAUUAAACUUGUGUUUUUGCUAGCCAUAAAACUUGCAAAAGUAGGUUAGUGGCACAGCAACAGGUUUGGGAAGGGGGGGGGUAAAACACCCCCAUGACCCAUGCAAGAAGGAGAGGGAGGGGGAACGAAGGAAGGGGUUGCUGUGAAUCUGAUCAAUGCCCUGAACACGCUCUCUGCACAUGGCCUGCUUGCAUCUUGGCAUGCUGUAUAGAUGUAGCUAAUAAACCAUCAGUCUUGGGCCGUUUCUCAAACCACGGCUUCGUUUCCAUUUCAUAGCCGUCCGGCAAAUUGAAAUCCCCCCCCCCCCCCUUCUGAAAAAUUUCUUAGUACGCCACUGGCUUACGGUACAUGUAGGUGAAAAAAAGGAAACAAAUUCAUUUGUCAACAAGAACCAUAGAUCUUUAUCAUGCUGCCACCAUUUUAGUCAAGUUUCCUGUAUCAAAUAACAGUAUUGAAUGAUAAUUUUUUGGGCAAAAAGGAACCAGACUAUCCAGCCUCGCUUUGGUUACCUUGAUUUGAAUGGGAAAAAAAUCAUGAUGGCCACAACAUGAUAACAGUCUAUUAUGCCGAAAACUGUUGACCAACAGCAAAUUUACCUAUUUUGUACCAACUACUAUCGAGACAUGCAGUGCAUACGCAGGCCGGCAACUACGAAUUCAGAAAAAAAACGAGGAAACUCCAAACCACACAAGACUUUGCAGAGUAUUUUUCAUUUUUUAUGGCUUUCAUGAGAAGUAAAAAACAAGGAAAUCAGCAGAUUUGAGGAAAAGCUGCAUGCCUGCAUAUGGUGUGCACAGAGGACCUACACUCAAAAUCCUAGUCAGUUUACAUGAGGUUCACUAUUUCACUCUGCGACUAAAACCCAAUUUUUUUUUUUAAUAGAUUUUUGCCUGUGGUUCAUGGACUGAUGGUCAGACAUCACUAUUUUUGGUAGCAACCAAAUAUAUUUUUAUUCACUCUAUAGACUUUGUGCUGAUCAAACUGAUUGCAAGGUCAGCAUUUUCUAGAAAAGUAUUUUUCCAUCUUGUUGAAAUUUGUGUGACUCAUGGGUUUAAAAAGCUCAUUCAAAUGUUUCAUUAUUGGCAUAAUGUCUGACAGCUUGACCAAGCAAGUUUGAGCAUGCAUAGUAAAAAGAUUUAGUGUGCAGUUUGUAUAAUAUAAUAUACAGCACAAUUAAAACAGGGAAUUGUGUUUGUUUUAAUAGUAAUGCACAUGUAAUGUAAAAUGAUAUAUUGUAAACAUUGUUUUUUAGCCUGAUAUUUAUUCCACUUUAUUGGUUAUUGCAAAACUUGCGUCGACAACAAUAUGGCUGUAAAAACCACGCCUUAGCAACUCCCAAAAGAAACACAACAUUUUGUAUACAUGACUUCUCUUGAAGCAUCAACAACUUUGGUUUUUUUGGACAUGUUUUUAAAAGUAAAGGGUUAAACAAUAAAUGUGUACUAUUUCUGUAAAAUGAUUGGAUAGAAUUUGCUUUAGCUAAUUAUUUUGGUAGCCAGCAGUGGGGUAAUAGACGAGGAACAGUAUUUCAGGUUGUUUUUUAAACGGGUGUAUUUAACAGUUGCAUUUUGGGGUUCUUAAUGUAACAGCAUUUGUUUUAUUCAAGUUAACGGUAUGGGCAUUAUGCAAGUACACGUUUUGGCGAUACGUAAAUUGUAGCUAGCUCAUUGAUAUACAGUAAUUCAUACGUUUUAAUUCAUCCUCUACGCACAUUUUGGGAAGCUGGUACAAAUUCCAUAUUUUAUUUCAAGUUUAACUCUCUUUUUUAAGUUAAAUUAAAACCACUUAAUAAAAUGUUUAUUCAGUACGUUAAUAAAUAAAUGUAGUGUUAGCAACA